AUGAUAGAUAAUAAUAAUAAUAAUAAUAAUAAUAAUAAUAAUAAUAAUAAUAAUAAUAAUAAAAAUAAUAAUAAUAAUAAACAACAAUAUAAAUUAUCAGAACCUUUUAAUUAUGAAAAUGAUUACCAGUAUGGGUUAAAUGAUCAAUUUUCAUUUUGGAAUGAUGUUGCUAAAAAAUAUGUUCAUUGGGACAAAGAAUAUGAAAAUAUUUAUAAUAGUAAUAAUAAUGAAUGGUUUUCAGGUGGAUUAUUAAAUGCAUGUUAUAAUGCAUUAGAUAAACAUAUUGUUAAUGGUGGAGGUGAAGAAAUUGCAUUUGUGCAUGAAAUACCAUCAAAACAAAUUUCAACUCAAAUUACAUAUAAACAAUUAUUUGAUAAAGUUUGUAAAUUUUCAAGAUCAUUAAAGAAUUUGGGUAUUAAAAAAGGUGAUAUUGUAAUAAUUUAUAUGCAUAAUAGUAUUGAAUUAAUUAUAUCAGCAUUAUCAUGUUGUAGAAUUGGUGCAACACAUAAUAUAAUAUUUGGUGGUUAUACUCAAAAAGGACUAACUGAUUUGUUAAAUAUUUAUUCACCAACACCAACACCAACACCAACACCAACACCAACACCAACACCAACACCAACACCAAAUUUCAAUCAAUCACCAAAACUAAUAAUUACUUCAAACUAUGGUUUAUUAAAUAAUGAUAUAUAUUAUUUUUAUAAAGAAAUAAUAGAAUCAUUAAUAAAUUCAAAUUUAAAUUUAAAAAAUAUAAUUUUAUUCAAUAGAAAUGAUUAUAAUAAUAAUGGUAAUAAUAAGAACAAUAAUAAUAAUAAUCAAAAUAAUAAUCAUAAUUUUAAUAUUUUUGAUUGGAAUGAUUUAGUUAAUGGUGGUGAUAUUGAACCAUUAUUAGAGUAUGAAUUAGUUGAAUCAAAUCAUCCAAUUUAUGUUAUGAAUACCAGUGGUACAACAAGUAAACCAAAAGCAAUUGUUAGAGAAACAGCUGGUCAUAUUGCAUCACUUUGUUAUUCAGUUAAAAAUAUAUUUAAAUUAAAUAAGGGUGAUACUUAUUUAAGUUUAAGCUCAAUUGGUUGGGUUAGUGGUCAUAGUACAUUGCUUUAUGGUUGCUUAUUUUCUGGCUGUAAAUCAGUUUUUAUUGAAGGUCCAUUAAAUGAAAAUGAUAAUGAUACUGAAAAAGUUAGAAUGUUUUGGAGUUUAAUUGAAAAGUAUAAUGUUAAUGUAUUCCCAACAACACCACACCAAAUGAAUUUAAUAAAAAUGGUUGACCCAAAUGGUGAAAUUAGAUUUCAAUUUAAUUUAAAACAUUUAAAACAUGUAUCAAUUGGUUCUGAAAAAGUUUAUGAAAAGACAAUAAAUUAUUUAACCAAUACUUUAAAAUUAUCAAUAAUAAUUGAUUAUUGGCAAACUGAAUCUGGAUUUCCAAUGAUUUAUAAUUCAACUGAAAAUGAUUUAAAUUUAAAAAAUUGUAGUGUUGAUGCUAUUGGUAAAGUUGCACCUGGUUAUAAUAUUAAAAUAGUUUCAAAAAUCAACAAUAAUAAUCAAACUAGUGUAAUUGAAAAUAAAGAAAAUGAAAAAGGUGAAAUUGUUAUAAAGUUUCCAUUACCACCUGGUUUAUGUAAUUGUUUAUUUGGUGAUACUAAUGAUAGAUUAUUAUAUAAGCAACAUUAUUUAAAUGAGUUUGAAGGAUAUUUUAGAACAAAAGAUAUUGGUUAUUUUGAUGAAAAUAAAGUAUGGUAUUUUAGUUCAAGAUCUGAUGAUUCAAUUUCAUAUGGUAGUGUUAUUGUUAAUAGUGGUGUACUUGAAAAUUUAAUUCUAAAAAUUCAAAAUAUUUCUGAAUCUUGUGUUAUUGGUAUAGAUGAUGAAAUCCAUGGUCAAGAAAUUGCUGCAAUAUUAGUACUAGAAAAUAAAAAUAUAGAUACUAUCUCAUUAAAAAAUGAAAUUAAUAAUAUAGUUAAAACUAAUCUUUUUACUUGCAUAAAUAUUAAAUAUAUAAUAAUAGUUAAAAGAUUACCAAAAACAAGAACUGGGAAAAGAAUUAAAUCAUUAUUAACAUCAAUUUUUAAUAAUAAAUCCUAUAUAAUUCCGCCAACUCUUCAAGAUGAUAUUGUUAUUGAUGAAUUAUUAAUUGAAUAUUCAAAAUUUAAAAAUUCCAAUGAUAUAUAG